GAGACUUUCAGGCCAAGCCCGAACUCGAUCAUUUGGAUCGAUAGGCUCGACUCAAGUUCGCGUUGGGUUGGUUUUAAACGAGGCGAGUUUGAACACUCGGCUCGAGUCAGUCCCAGAGAAAGCUAUAUACAUCGCGAGUUCUUCUCUCGCGAUUCUCGAUUGAAUUCGAAACGUGUAGUACGAACUUCAACAAUAGAAAUGGGAACAUACCUGCGCACCCCCAACACUGAAGAUAGGGAGAAUGAAACAAUUAAAUAUGGUUUGUCAACCAUGCAAGGGUGCCGCUCACACAUGGAGGAUGCCCAUGCAGCUCAUUUGGAUUUGGACACUUUCACAUCUUUCUUUGGUGUUUAUGAUGGCCAUGAAGGGAAGGAAGUUGCACUGUUUUGUGCCAAGUAUCUUCACCAAGAGUUUAUGAACCAGGAAGCCUAUUUGGCUGGUGAUUUAGGAACUUCUCUCUGGCAAGCAUUUUUAAGUUGCACCCAUAGAAUGUCAUUUGUCGGUUCUCACCCUCUGCAGCACCUGAAUUAUUCGCAUUCUGAAAUUUUGUGCUGUUUUGGGCGAUUUUCAGUUCAAUUUGCCUACUUGAGAGGAUGUGGCCAAAGUGGUAACAGAGAAUUAGCCAUAUUCAGAGGUAACAUUGAACAAGCUAGCAAUGUGAUGGAAGUUUCACCAGGAUCUCCAAAGUCGAAUGAACAUAAUGGCCAUGCUGAUGAUGGCUCAUCAGAGAAGGCAUAUAAUUUGACUAGAGACCACAAGCCUAACCUUGCGGCUGAGAAGGAUAGGAUUCUGAAGGCUGGUGGUUUCGUCCGGUAUGGACGUGUCAAUUGGACUCUAAACUUGUCAAGAUCUAUUGGAGACAUGGAAUUAAAGAGGAAUAAAUCCCUGCCUGCUGAUGAGCAAAUUGUGACUGCCAAUCCUGAUCUGAACACGGUUGAGCUUUGCAAUGACGAUGAAUUUCUUGUUAUAGCAUGUGAUGGUAUCUGGGAGGGCAUGUCAAGCCAACAACUAGUAGACUUUGUUCGAGACCAGUUGAAUACGGAUACUAAGCUUUCGGUGGUGUGCGAGAGGGUGUUUGAUAGGUGCAUUGAAUGCAAAGGUCGUGACAACAUGACCGUGAUCUUGGUUCAGUUCAAGAAACCGUUUGACUGCAGCGGUUCUACCAAGGAGCAGGCUCCUUUGCUCUCGUACGCUGAUCCAGUAUUCGAGCCAGAUUCUGACUCUGAUGAUGAUGAGGAGGAAUCGCCCGUUGUGUCCGAUCCGAACCAUGGGAUUGACCUGUGAAUGGAUUUCAAACCCCAUCGCGUUAGCCGGAAGUAUAGUAUAUAGUCUUGUUAGUAGACUGAGUCCCGUGAAAUCCCCAAUUCUCUUUUUCCUUUUUUGGUGGAUGCUAAUUUUCCAAUUUUAAGAGUGAAAAUGGCUUCUUCUUAACUUUUCUGUUACUUUUUUUUUUAAAACCUGAAGUCGUUUGUGAAUAUUUUUGUGUUUGGAGUUUGGGAGUUCUUAAAUACACGCACCAUAUAUUUGCGAGUCUCAUUUCUCAUACAAAAAAGGUGUUCGG